AUGGCUCCGCCAUAUCGUCAAGCAAAUAGCAUUAAUAAAACGAUUGAUCAAAUUGACAAUAAAGUUGAACUCGAUGAAUUUUUAAACUUGUUUAUUGCAUGGCUUACGAAAAUUGACGGCAAACCAUUUAAAGUUGAAUCAAUUAACAACUUCCUCAAGCCAUUUAAGAUUCCUACGAAUGAUCCUGAAAAAAUUAAAUUAUACAAGUAUCACCAAAGAAUGCCGUUGAAGAAAGCUACAAAUAAGAUUAUACUUCAACUUCCCAAAAGUGACAAACCGCUUAACAUUACUUUGAAUAUUUCACUUAAUAAUUAG